AUGGACCCGUCACAGUCGAAACAAACAAGUAAUCGGCCUCGAGAAAUUGUCAAGCUCUUGUAUGAUUACAAACUCGAAAACGCACCGGGGAAAUCCAUCGUCGGACUCGAAGUUCACCUGCCCCCCGGAGGGUUCACGCCCCCUCACCGGCACGGCGGCGCGACCGUCGUGGCGACGGUGAAGGACGGGCAAUUCCUGAGCGGCAUGAACGGCAACCCACCUGUGGUGUACGGUGUAGGGCAGAGCUUCAUGGAGCUGCCGGGUUGCCACCACACGGUCGCGGAGAACAACAGCCGAGAGGAACCCACCACGUUUGUUGCCGUCUUUGUCGUCGACACCGACGUCGUCAAGAUGGGGUACGACCGUCUCACCGUGCUGGAUGAGGAAUGA